CUUAACACAAAAUUCUUCUCUUCCAACUAAAACCCAUAUCUGAUUACUCCCAGGGAGAUCACACAUUUACAUAUACAUACUCACAUCCAAUUUUUCUCAUUAGUUUUAGUUCAUCUUCCUGUUUGAGCAGAGCACCUUAGCUUUAUCCUUUGCCGGAAAAUCAGUCAUGGGAAACGGGGUCGGCAAGCUGACCAUCUGUUUCACCGGAACCGACAUCGUCCAACGGCGGAAAGACUUGGCCUUUGUUAUCUCUGACCCACUAGAAGAUCUUGGUCACUCUUUUUGCUAUGUAAGACCUGAUCAAUCUUGCAUCUCCUCCUCCAAGGUCCAUUCCGCUGAAGAAACGACAACGUUCCGGUCAAUCUCAGGCGCCUCUGUCUCCGCCAACACAUCCACGCCCCUAUCUACCUCUUUCCUCGAUGUAUACUCUUACAACACCAGUGAUAAGGCUUCCGCCUUCGAAAGCUCCACAUCCUUUGCAUCAAUUCCUCUCCAACCUUUGCCUAGAAGUUCAAUAAAUUCGGGUCCUUUACCGUUUGGUCCGGGUGCGUAUUCGGGUCCUAUGGACCGAGGGUUUGUUUCUGGCCCGAUUGAGCGGGGAUUUCAAUCGGGUCCCCUUUUUUCUGGUCCUCUCGAGAAGGGUAAUCUCGAUCAGUUCCAACGAAGCUAUUCCCAUGGGGGUUUUGGUUUCAAACGCAGAUCGAGAAAAGGGAAUUUGAUUCGGGCAAUCCAGAAGGCGAUUUCAUUGACGUUUACAACCCGUGGGCAAAACUCGACUGUCGCUCCGAUCACUAAAAACCUGGGUCAUUUGAAGGAUCAUGAUUGGAAUGUUGGGUCUGCAGAGAAAAAUAACGAAAUGACUAUCAGCAGUAUUAAUUUAAGCAGCGAAGGUAGUAUUUUGGACGACGAUGAUUGUUUGAAUCAGAGCCAGAAUCUCCAGUGGGCGCAAGGCAAAGCAGGAGAAGAUCGAGUGCACGUCGUCGUGUCGGAGGAACAUGGGUGGGUUUUUGUUGGGAUUUAUGAUGGAUUUAAUGGUCCUGAUGCCCCUGAUUUUCUGUUAUCGAAUAUGUAUGCAGCUGUUCAUAAAGAACUCAAAGGAUUGUUAUGGGAUGAUCAAACAGAUGCAUCGAAUUCAACUUCUUCGGGGCAAUCCUUAGAUGCAGUCGACUCUCAUAAUAAUUCUCAACCUCAAAAAAAUUCGUCACCAAGAUAUGUUCAUCAGCAGGAGAGUUACCCAUGUGCAACUGAAGAUCUCGAGACAAAUUCACGAAAAAAGAGGAGCAAGAUUAGAAAUCGUGGGGCGGCUAAGAAAUGGGAGGAGAAUCAGAGGCGGUGGAAGUGUGAAUUUGACCGGGAGAGAUUAGAACUUGAUCGAAGAUUACGAGAACACAUGAAUUCAAACGGCUCAAAUUCCAUUAACCAUUCAGACGUUUUGAAAGCUUUAUCUCAAGGCCUAAAGAAAACAGAGGAGGCGUAUUUAGAUAUUGCAGACCAAAUGCUUGAUGAAAAUCCUGAACUAGCUUUAAUGGGCUCUUGUGUUCUUGUCAUGCUAAUGAAAGGAGAAGAUGUUUACGUGAUGAAUGUUGGUGAUAGUCGUGCAGUUUUAGCUCAGAAAUCCGAGCCAGAUAUCUGGAGACAAGAUCUAGAAAAAAUAAAUGAAGAAACAUGGUAUGAUCUUGAAGUUUUUGAUGCUGAUAUUGCCACUACAGAUCCAAGUUUAACUGCUUGUCAACUUAGCAUGGAUCAUAGUACUUCCAUUGAAGAGGAAGUAAAAAGAAUAAAGAGUGAACACCCUGAGGAUGCAUGUGCAGUGAUGAAUGACCGAGUCAAAGGCUCACUAAAGGUCACUCGAGCUUUUGGUGCUGGUUUUCUUAAACAGCCUAAAUGGAAUAAUGCAUUACUAGAAAUGUUUAGAAUCGAUUAUGUGGGAAACGCUCCAUACAUAAAUUGUCUCCCUUAUCUUCACCAUCACAAAUUAGGGCCAAGAGAUAGAUUCUUGAUAUUAUCCUCGGAUGGGCUUUAUCAAUAUUUCACAAACGAGGAAGCUGUGUCUGAAGUCGAGCUUUUCAUUCAAUGGUCACCCGAAGGUGACCCCGCCCAACAUUUGGUAGAAGAAGUUUUGCUACGUGCCGCCAAGAAAGCCGGUUUGGAUUUUCAUGAAUUGUUGGAAAUACCACAAGGGGAUAGAAGGCGUUACCAUGAUGAUGUUUCGAUUAUUGUGAUUUCACUUGAAGGAAGGAUAUGGAGAUCUUGCGUGUAAUCUUCGCAUAUUGUAAACAUAGAAAUUAAGAAAUAAAUUGGUUACGUUGAAAAAUAGGUAGAUACGGACAAUUUUUCGAUCUGUCUUUUUGGUGGUGAAAAUUUGUAAAGAUGUAAAAACUUUGGGCCAUGUUAAUUAAUAUGAAACUGUGAUGUACCACAAUUGCAAAUAUUGUAAUAAAUGAGGGGUUAAGUGAAAAUACAAGAG